UUCUCUAUGAGUAUCACAAGACUUCUGACUUCCUGAUAUAACUCUACCCACUCCAGCUAAACCGUUGCAUUCAUUCAUCGAAUACGUUGAUAUUUAAGCGCUCCCGCAAUUAUUUUUUUUAUUUUUCUUUUCACCCAACAAUAGCUGCAUUCAUUAUUUCCCCACCGGAAACAGAUUAUAAUUUAAGUUCUGUCGAAGCGUUAGUUGCUCUGUGUGACUGUGUAUUUGGAAUUGUGCCGAACAGUGGGCUGCGAACAGUGGUAUUUGAUGUAAUAUCACUGUUGUAUAACGCUGUGCGAUAAUUCUUGGACUCCUUAAGCGGAAUAUUUGGACAAAAAUUAUCGCUGAUUCUCGUCUUCAUCAUGGUAGAUCUGCAGGUGCCGAAUCUCCCGUACCGUUUGAUUUUUAUAUCACCAGUGCUAUUUAUGAUUAUUGCAUCGAUUUCAGCAGGUGUGAUUCCCCUCGAAGAAGACAGGAUAAUACAGAAAGCAUGCACCUCAACCAAAGUGGCCUGCGACCCUGGAUGGACUUGUCAGAUGGGAGUCAUAGUGUUCCCGUCCAGUUCCGAUCAGAGUUUGGAUUGUGAAUCGUUCGAUAAGGACUGCUUGCAAGUGUCGGAAAACCGAUACAGCGCCAAUUCGAUGGAGGUGUACUGUAUACGCGAAGGGCGCCGGGCAAGAGAUCACCGGCCGGAGCACAACCUCCUGGCCCUGCUGGAACGUGUCCAGAACCGAGGCCACCGUGCGGCAUGCACGGAAUGGUGCCGCUCGGCACAGGACUGCGCCGCGGGGGAGGAAUGCAUCUUCAACGGAUGUGGACAGCAGUGCGCCAAACGGCCCAUCUUGUUCUAAUGGGCGCGCCAACCAGCUGUUAAAAAUACGCGCGCGCCCACAGCCGUCUACCGGCCGACGCUACUACGUCGUGUGUGUGUCGCGCUUAAUGGGAUUUCCUUGAAAUGCGUUAAUGGAAUGUUUUGCUUUGCAUUUUCUGCCCACUUGGAAAAACUGGCGCUUCUCCGUGCUCCUAACGCAUUAUUUAAAGAUCUGACUAUAUUUGGGUCGUUAAUAAUAUAUGUACAUAUAAAAAUAUCCCGUAUUACGUACGAAGUGUUACAGCAGAGUUUUCUUCUGGGCUGUAAUUGACGACCUUUGAGAAAGGCAGUUGCUGCUGGUCCUUUUGGACGUUAUUUUUAACGUCUUGAUUUUGUGUUUUACAAAGAUCAGCGAAUAACGUUGGCAAAGUCAUGAAAAAAACAUCAGCGUAUUUGAUAA